AUGCUAGCAGGGCGGCAUAUCUCGAUCACCCAAAAAGCUGUGGCGCUCUUGUCCUUGCCCCCUUUGGCCCUGGUGCGCCGACCUUACUGGCCGCGAGCUGUCCGACAACCAGGACUCGCCCACCUGCAUACAUCUCACACUCUCCGAUAUCUCCCUCCACCACCGAAAACACCCCCAGAAGAGAAGCCCUCCUCCGACGUAUCCUCGCCUACCUCCCCCGCUGAUCCGCCCACACAACACGAAAACAUCUACACGCUCCCCAACCUUCUCACCACUUCCCGCAUACUCGCCUGUCCCGUCCUAGGCUACGCGAUCUUGCAAGGCUCUUGGCCCCUUGCCACCGGCCUCUUACUUUAUGCGAGCGUUACAGACUGGCUAGACGGCUGGAUAGCAAGGAAAUGGGAGAUGAAGAGUGUGCUGGGGACCAUAUUGGACCCUGCGGCGGACAAGGCGCUCAUGACUACCUUAACUGUGACGCUAGCAAUGAAGGGUCUUCUUCCAGUUCCACUCGCCGUAAUCAUCAUAGGCCGUGAUGUCUUCCUGGGCAUAUCAGCCUUCUGGUGGAGAUACACCUCUCUUCCCCCACCUAAAAUUUUCACCAGAUACUGGGACUUCUCUAUCCCUUCUGCCGAAGUGCAACCUACGGAGAUCAGCAAGAUGAACACUGCCCUCCAGCUAUUGCUUAUGGGCGUGACGACCAUCAGUCCCUUGAUAUCCUAUGACCUGUCAGCGCCAUUACGUGUAUUACAGUGGAUCGUAGCAGGGACAACUAUCUGGAGCGGUCUGGGAUAUCUGUUUAAUAACCAGAGCGUGCGGUUGGUAGCGAAGCUCCCGAAGAAACCAUGA